AUGGCAAAAGAUAUUGAAAUAUCAACUUCAGAGUCCAAGUUUCUGAUAGAGGCUCUCAGGCAGGGAUUGCGCCCAGAUUUGAGAAAAUUCGAAGAAAUUCGAGAUGUGGGCAUCACCUUUGGCAAAGACUACGGAGAUGUGACGGUUACGAUGGGUAAAACCAAGGUGCACUGUCGCAUCAGCUGCAGCAUUGCCCAGCCAUACGAGGAUCGUCCUUUUGAAGGUCUCUUCUAUAUUUCCACGGAAACUUCGCCCAUGGCAGGCGCACAAUUCGAGAACGGCAACAACACCGGUGAGGAUGAGGUUUUGUGCUCGAGAAUCAUUGAAAAAGCAGUUAGAAGAUCUGGAGCACUAGAUGUGGAAGGACUGUGUAUUGUGGCAGGCAGCAAGUGCUGGGCUGUCAGAGCAGACGUCCACUUUUUGGACUGCGACGGUGGGUUUAUAGACGUCAGCUGCAUAGCUGUCAUGUGCGGUCUAUUGCAUUUCCGGAAGCCUGACGUGACAGUUUCUGGAGAACAGGUAACAAUUCAUCCGGUAGAGGAGCGGGAACCGGUGCCUCUGGGCGUCUUGCACAUACCCAUCUGUGUGACAUUCUCGUUUUUCAAUCCGGAGGACGCAGAGGAAAACAUCAAGGGAGAGUCCAACAACGAGAUAUGUCUGAUAGACGCCACGCUCAAGGAGGAAUUGCUGAGAGACGGGACGCUUACCGUUACUUUGAACAAGAAUCGUGAAGUUGUGCAGGUCUCGAAGGCAGGCGGGCUACCCAUGGACGCUUUGACACUGAUGGACUGCUGUCAUAAGGCAUUCAAGAUCACCGAGAAACUGACUGACAAGAUCACCGAAGUGUUGAAAAAAGACAUCGAGUCGAGAAACCAGCACUCUGCUAUGCUCAGCUCCGAGAACGCCAGAGUUUCCUAA